CGGGUAAAUAUCGGUUUUGCCCUUAAUGGAAAAGUUCUCUCCUGCGAGGUUCUCUGAUAAACAUCAUCUCUAAUUAGGGUUUAAAAGCGCGAAAAAUAAUUCGAGCGGCGACCGGCGAUGGGGAAUCCAAAGCAGAAGUGGACGGCGGAGGAGGAAGAAGCUCUACGCGCCGGCGUCGCCAAACAUGGCACCGGUAAAUGGAAGAACAUCCAAAGGGAUCCGGAGUUCAAUCCCUUCCUCUAUUCUCGCUCCAACAUCGAUCUCAAGGAUAAAUGGCGGAAUAUGAGUGUGAGUGCAAACGGCCAAGGUCCAAGGGAAAAAUCAAGAACACCGAAACCGAAAAGUAACACAGAUUCUCCUGCUACUCCAUCACCUAUGUCACAGGCUCCUGGCCCCUCAGCUCUGGCUGUAGUUGAUCCAGUAUCUACAGAUGUGCAUAUGGAUGAUGCUUCCAAAUGCUUACUAGAUGGCAAGACCGCUUCAAGCUAUGAUGCUAUGAUAUAUGAAGCACUGUCAACCUUAAGGGAUCCAAAUGGAUCUGAUAUCAGUGCUAUGGUUAGCUUCAUUGAGAAAAGACAUGAAGUGCACCCAAAUUUUAGGAGACAGUUAAGUGCAAGGUUAAGAAGGCUUGUUUCUCAAGAGAAGCUUGAAAAGGUCCAGAACGGCUACCGACUUCGAAGGGAGGUAGUGAAUGGAACCAAGGGCCCGAUUCCAAAGCCCAAAGAGAUUCGACCCAGACUAUCUGGUCCAAUCAACAGUCAUCUUGGUGAAACGUUAGAAGAAGCAGCUGUUGCUGCCGCGUAUAAAGUUGCUGAAGCAGAAAAUAAGUCGUUUGUGGCAGCAGAAGCUGUGAAAGAAGCCGAACGGGUCUCCAAAAUGGCUGAAGAAGCCGAAGCCUUCUUACAGUUGGCCAAAGAGAUUUAUGAAAAAUGUUCUCGUGGUGAAGUGGUGAUGGUGGCAUAGCACAGUGAAGUAUUAUUAUGUGAUUAAAAACUUUGGUGAAGGCGUUUUUGUGUCGUUAGUUAGCUUGUUACAUAUUAUGAAGGUGGUAGUUUUAUAUUAAGUCUAAGUUUGCUCUCUUGCUGCUAAAACUUUAAAACACCUUCCGUACAAAUAGUGAAUGUGAAUGUCUUUGUAGUUAUUGUUUUCGGGUU